AUGAUGGCCACACGUCCAGAAUCCGUGGAGGAAUGGUUCCAGUUGAUGCCGCAUUUGCUCUCCUCCGAAGGUUGGGCUGUGGCCUUAGCCAGGCCUAAGGCCAAGCUGUGCCACCGCACUUGCCCUUGGGGUGGACACCUCAUUCGCUUCAACUUAAAGGGCAUCACCAUUCAGAAUGCCCCCGCCAAGACCAGCCACGUCCUGGUGAGGCCAGAGGUGAGAGCACUGUUCCAGAAGGAGUGCCCCAUGAGUGGCAACAAGCUCGAUGGCCACGAAUUCGUCCGACCAGGUGAGGCAAUUUUGACCACUUCAACUUCCUGGAAAUUGAUGCGCUUGUGCACUGUGCUCUUUGGUGAUGUGGCAGGCCAGUUCAUUGGUUACUUCUUCCACAACAAGGACCACCCCGCGAGGUUGCACCACAAAAUUCGCAGGGACUACCCAUUGGAAGGAGAUAGUGCUUCUGCCAUUUGGGACCAUGAGCAGUCCUCCCAGGGUGCCGUGCUGGUGGUUCGCCCUGACGGCGAUGCCUUCAACAUCACGGUGGUGGCUCGGGUGCCGGAGGACAAGUUCGCAAGCUGGGCCACCUUCCAGUUCCGGAUCCUGCUGGAGUCGACCCGUCAGACGGUGCAAUAUUUCCUGAACCGUCCCGGCAUCUGCGAACUGCGGGCGCGGGACGCCUGCUUCUACAUGGUGCUCUCCAUCCAGAGCUUCAAGCGCGGCAUGCCCUUAGUGCCUUGCGGGGAGCCCAUCAUCACCAUCGACGCGGGGGAACGCUUGGGCAUGAAGCAUUGGGCACGUUUCCAGCCAGGCUCAUACGGAAGCACCAAGUUCCGAUUGUCGCAGUACCUCACUGCCUUCCUCAAAGCCAUUGGUGAGGACCUGGAGACGUUUGACACCUUGGAUAGUCGUGAGCUGGUGCCUUACCAGUGCGUGGUGCGACGUGCAGAUUGGAUGGCGGUGAAGGAUCGCUUCUUCGAGGUCUUCCCGCUGGCGAAGACCGCCUAUCGCCGCGCCAAUGGAGGACCCUCCGCACCAGGGGUUCAUGAAGAUGUGGACGCCAAGUUCCUUUCAGAUGAGUCGAACUUAAAGGGCUCAGAGCGCUGGGAGGAGAGCCCUUCUGAGAGCCGUGAGCCCCGGCUUAUCGUGCGCAACACCUUCCUUGACAUUGAAGAUGAGGAGGAGCUGCAGCGAAAGGCAGAGUGCCAGGAUUUUCAGCGCCUUCGUUCCGAGAUUGAUCAACUGCAAAAGGAGUUGGAGCACCAAUUCGGUUUGCGAAGGGUUCUCCAGGCCAACCUUGACAGCGAGCGGAACCGUUCGGCGGAUCUGACCAAGACCAAUGCCGAGUUGUUGAGGGCCAGCGAGGAGCGGCUGCAGGGGCAACGGCGGCUGAGUGACGUGGAGACCUCCGAGCUGGCUGAACAGGUCGAUGCACUUCUCCUUUUGAAGAGGCAGCUUUACCAGCGAAUCCAAUCCCUCGAGCAAGAGCGUAGCUCCCUGCUAUCUCAGCGUGAGGAAGCCGUGAGCGAUCGCUCGUGUGUGGCUUGUUUGGACCGCCUGGCCAACACGGUGCUGCUGCGAUGUCGCCACCUUUGCGUUUGUGAGGGCUGUGCGCAACGGGUCAAGCAGUGUCCGGUGUGCCGGCAGCACGUGCGUGACCGAGUCACCGUGUUUUUGCCAUGA